AUGGGUCAGUUGAAAGCCAGCGAUACUGAAGCUGUUGAAAAGGAUCGUCUUUGGGAAGAAUUGGAAGGUGCCACUGAACUGCUGCUUUUAGCCCGCCGAACAGAUUUGAGGCGAAUUUCCUUAGACACCCCAGAUUUUACAGACAUUGUUUUGCCACUGGAGGACAUCCGUCAUGCUAUCGCCAUUGACUUUGAUCCUCUGGAAGGAUACAUCUAUUGGACCGAUGAUGAAGUUCGGGCCAUCCGCCGCUCGUUCAUCGACGGGUCAGGUAGUCAGUUUGUCGUCACAGCACAGAUCGCCCAUCCCGACGGCAUUGCUGUGGACUGGGUUGCCCGAAAUCUGUAUUGGACCGACACUGGCACAGACCGUAUUGAAGUUACAAGGCUUAAUGGGACCAUGAGAAAAAUCUUGAUAUCAGAAGACCUGGAAGAGCCCAGAGCUAUUGUGCUGGAUCCCAUGGUUGGGUACAUGUACUGGACUGACUGGGGAGAAAUCCCAAAGAUUGAGAGGGCAGCAUUAGAUGGCUCCGACAGAAUUGUGCUGGUGAAUACUUCGCUUGGCUGGCCAAAUGGACUGGCAUUGGAUUAUGCAGAAAGCAAAAUAUACUGGGGAGAUGCCAAAACGGACAAAAUAGAGGUCAUGAAUGCUGACGGAACUGGGAGAAGAGUUCUGGUGGAGGACAAGCUGCCUCAUAUCUUUGGAUUCACGUUGCUGGGAGACUACGUUUAUUGGACAGACUGGCAAAGACGCAGUAUUGAACGCGUACAUAAGCGCACAGCAGAAAGAGAGAUCAUCAUAGAUCAACUGCCUGAUCUAAUGGGACUGAAAGCUACAAACGUCCGCCAGAUAAUUGGUACAAACCCUUGUGCAGAGGAUAACGGGGGCUGCAGCCAUCUUUGUCUGUACAGACCACAAGGCCUUCGCUGCGCUUGUCCCAUCGGCUUAGAGCUCAUCAAUGACAUGAAGACCUGCAUCGUCCCAGAAGCUUUCCUGCUGUUUUCUCGGAGAGCGGAUAUCAGGCGAAUCUCUUUAGAAACAAACAACAACAACGUUGCUAUUCCACUCACGGGAGUCAAGGAAGCUUCUGCUCUGGAUUUUGAUGUGACGGACAAUCGGAUUUACUGGACUGACAUUUCACUGAAG